UCGACGGAAGCCGGAUGGCUGCCCCCCGAUACUGCUAUUUUCUCAGGAAUAUCCUAAGCUGGUUAAAACACGUCAAGCUUGGAUGGGCGCGCUUCGCAACCUUUUGGCACGCGACUACGGCGGAUAAGCUAGCAAAAUGUGCUCCCUGGUACUUCGUCAUGGUUCGACUACGAUACGACGCCUGUUUAGCUCACAACAAGAAUUAGGGGGCGCACCUAUGCGAUGCAUGCUUCCGUUUGGCUCCGUUCAAUUGUGGAGUCGUCCACUGCGGUGGGUUUUGACUGUGGCCUUCCCUUGUGUGUAUACCUUUUAGUUCACAUACCAGAGCCUGUUGAUGCCACUAGUUGCCGUUGGUUAUCGUCGUGGCUUUCGUCCAUGUCAUGGUGGAGUUGCAGUAUUUUUCCCCAUUGCUGUUCCCUACCUGCGUGGCAUUUUCCUUUAUCGGCAUUCUUCUAUCCUCUUGACUCCAUUCCCCUCUUCCAUCUUCUCAAUCUUGCGUAUUCAGCUGUUCGUCUAUAUACCAAUUUUAUUUUAUUUUUUCGGCUUGUUUCUUGUAUCAUGACGAGACCGCAAGAGUCGAUACCGCCGGCAGCGAAUGUUCUUGGAACCAUCGGGACUGUGUGCUGGUGUGUCCAAGUUCUGCCGCAGAUAUGGCAUAACUGGAGAAGAAAAACAACCGAUGGUCUACCGGGGGUGAUGCUCAUGCUCUGGGCUGGCUGUGCUGUACCCUUUGGUGUAUACGCUGUCGUACAAAAUUUCAACAUCGCCCUGCAACUCCAGCCGCAAUGCUUUGGGGGCUUGACAUUGAUCACCUGGGGCCAAACUCUGUAUUACCAUAACAAAUGGAGGGCCUGGACGGCGACAUUCGCAACGAUCGGCAUGGCAAUGUUAUUUGCAGGCACGGAAGCCCUGCUCAUCUUCACCCUUCGCAAGCCCUACUAUAAAGGCAUAGAAUGGCCUAUGAUGAUGAUGGCCAUUAUCGCGUCAGUUAUGCAGUGUGUUGGGCUGUUGCUACCGUUUUGGGAGUUGGCCAAACGGAAUGGUCGCGUCAUUGGAAUCGAUUUCGGGUUUCUUGCAAUUGAUUAUGCGGGAGCUUUCUUCUCUCUGAUGGCACUGGUGGCCCAGCAUACUUUUGAUGUGCUAGGUAGCACUAUGUACACUGUCUGCAUGUUUCUGGAGACGGGCAUCUUCCUCUCCCACGCCAUCUGGAUGUGGCGCGUCCGGCACGUCCGACGCGAAGCAAAGAAAGCAGGGAAAACGUACGACGAGUUCGUGGCACAGCACCCGUCCUUGAGGAUCGGUCGAACGAACUUGCCAUCCAAUCCGAGCGCGGAAGACGUAGAAGCCGCUCACCGCCAAACCCAGAACUCGACCGAAACCCUUGUACAUGAUAGAACGGCGGACGAGAAAGCAAUCACGAAGCCGGAAAAAGCUGCGGUGGUGGACCAUAAAGAAAAGGGCACACAGAUUUCUGACAAUGUGGACCAAAAGCCUGAAGAGCUGGGUGAGAAAAACAUCUACAGGGAACAGCGCUGA